AUGACAGUGAUGGAAUCAGUCUCAACAAAGCAAAAUAGCGGCUUCCAGAAGAGGACAAAUUUGACAAAGAAGAAUAUAGGAAGAAUUCCUAUAUUCAGAAAGAAAAAUGCAAAAAUGGAAGAGGAAUGUGUCGCCUUUCUGGGUCGCAGUGAAAAUGGUGAUGAAUUUUUUCCAAGCAUCCUUCCAGACCCUGACAGAUAUACAGACUCAGACCAAGAGGCUGAUCCAGAAAGCCACUGGGGUGGCCCUGGGAUGGACAAGAGACAUUCUGGUGGAAGCACAUCAGCAGUAGAAACAGCGCCAAGAGGAAAGAAGACUAUGCAAAGAGGACUUGUUUGCAACGAUAGAGAAAGGCCUUUCCCUUGUGGAAGAUGA